CGGUGUACGUACACAACAAUGAUUUUUUGAGCUCUAAGCAGUAAUCAUGUUGGUCUGCUGAACGCGACCUAUAACUCCACCCUUGUUUAAACAGGCUUUAAGUCCAUAACUAAAUGUAUGUUUGGCCUUCCCAAGCGCUGUCCCACUAUAAUUGAGCGGCAAAAACGGGCGAGAUGGACGAUUUAACUUAUUUAGCUGUCAACUUGAACGCAAGCAUGGGCGACGUAAAAGCGCCCUUGCUGAACUAUAACGUGAGCUUCAGGAGCACAAUGAUUAAGUCCACAGGGAAACUUUUGUUGCCCAAACUCGGCGUGUCUCUUUCAGAGGCCGAGAUAUUGAAGCCGCGUUUCCAACAUCCACAAAACAGCAGUACUCGUUUGGAUGCAUGUUUUAUGGAGUCAAGCCUGAAAGCUGAGGUCUCGCGAAAAGUUCAAGACGAACAGGAAAACACCGUGGGUGUAAUCAAUAUAGAGGACACUUUGGAGCUUACACCGUACGAAAACCAAGUUGUGACUGUGUCACAACAGCCUGCGGAACCGGCUUCCCUAGAGUACUUCCACAGCAGACUUGUUGAGUUGGGGCGGCGCUGCUGGACCUCGUCGGCAGUUGCCCAGCACUACACCAAGGGCUGCUUCUGGUCCCCAGACGGCACCUGUCUUUUGGUACCCGUCCACCUAGACGGCAUGCACGUUAUGGAGGUGCCAACCGAACUCUACUCCACGCGGACGGUGCAGAACGCGCGCUCUUUGACUAAGCUUAAGUCAGCGGUGCACGUUCCCGAGGGCGGAGUCGUUUACGACUGCGUCUGGUUUCCGCACAUGAAUAGCCAGCAGCCGGACACCUGCUUUUGGCUGGCCACUCGGCAGCACGAGCCCAUUCACAUGUGGGACGCUUUCGACGGCUCGCUGCGUUGCAGCUACAGCGGAUAUGAUGCUGCGGACGAAGUUAUGGCGGCCAUUUCUUUGGCCUUCUCCUACGACGGACAGAAGGUCUACGCGGGAUACAAGCGAUGUAUAAAAAUCUUCGACACCAGCAGGCCCGGACGACUUUGCGGCAAUUACCCCGUGAAGUUUGCCAUUUCCUGCAUUGCCCAGACCAUCACGCACUCCAAUACUCUGACAUGCGGCAACUGGCACGGCUACAUCCAACACUUUGACCUGCGCUGCAGUUACAAGCAGGGACCUCUCUUCACGCUGGGUGGGCACAAAGGCGGCAUUACAAAACUGCUUUACGGUGGGAGCGUUUCCGGGGAGUGGUAUCUGUUCAGCGGAGCUCGUAAAUGUGGCAAGCUUUUGCAGUGGGACAUGCGCAACUACAAGAAACCGCUGGUGGAGUUCCUGCGCAAAGUGGACAACAACCAGCGUAUUCACUUCGACUUGACAUCCGAUUGCCGUUGGCUGACCAGCGGAGACACUCGGGGAGCGCUUAAUGUUUGGGAUCUUCGCGCAUACGGAGAUGCCUCCAAAUUGCAGCUGCACUCUGACUGUUGCAAUGGAGUGGGCCUCAACCCGGUUCUGCCGGUUCUGGCCACCAGCUCUGGACAGUUUCACUUCAUAGAUCAAAGUGUUAAGGGCAACGUCACUUUAAACACCUCGGAAUCUGUUGAGGCUUCUUCCGAGGAGAAACAGCAGUUAGAUGUGGUCUAUGAGAACUCAGUUGUGAUGUGGUGGUGCGGCUAAGAUGAAUCGCUUUGAUCAGUGGAGUAAAUAAUAUAAAAGACGUUUUUAUUCUUGAA